UUCAUCUUCUGCACCAGAAAUCCAAAGCUCCAAAAUCCUUUCUUUCAAAUCUCUCUCAUAGAAUCAUCAUAAUGCAAACUCCCUCCUUCACCUGCAUAUCCUCUAGUGAAAGUGUGUGUAUAGAAGCUGAUGACCAAGAAGUCGACGAAGAUUCCCUCUUUCUUUCCCUUGGACCUCCUGGCCAAAACAUCACCAGAUACCCCAACUCUCGCCCUUCUCUCAACAAUAAGCAGAAAAUUGACGAAAACCCUACCACUCAAAGUGGUGUAACUGUAGCUCUUCAUAUCGGUCCUCCCACCAUUGGAGCUAGCGCUAGCAACCCUAAUCACAUUGGUUCGCUCGUUGAAGGCCAGUACUGGAUUCCUUCCCCUGCACAAAUCCUUGUCGGUCCGACACAGUUCUCUUGUGCUGUCUGCAACAAAACAUUUAAUAGAUACAACAAUAUGCAGAUGCAUAUGUGGGGGCAUGGAUCACAAUAUCGAAAAGGUCCUGAAUCUUUAAGAGGAACAAAACAAGGUUCUUCAAUGCUAAGACUGCCUUGUUAUUGCUGUGCUGAGGGGUGCAAGAACAAUAUUGAUCACCCAAGAUCAAGGCCAUUGAAAGACUUCAGGACCCUGCAGACACAUUACAAGAGAAAGCACGGAGCAAAGCCUUUUGAAUGCAGAAAAUGUGGAAAACCCUUUGCAGUCAGAGGAGAUUGGAGGACACAUGAGAAGAACUGUGGUAAGCUUUGGUUUUGCAUUUGUGGGUCUGAUUUUAAGCACAAGAGGUCCCUUAAGGACCAUGUGCGUGCAUUCGGAGAUGGUCAUGCUCCACAUACAGUGGAAAUAUGUGAAAACGAAGAAGAAGGAGGAGAAGAUGAUGAUGAUGAUGAUGAUGAGGACGAGGAAGAAAAUAACAAUGCAGAUCAAGGAGAUAAUAGAGGUGGUCAUGGUCCACUUUUCUUUUAACAAAGUAUGUCUAUAUGUAGAAGUUUAAGUAGUGAUUGUGAUUAAGAAUUGGCAGUGACUAUUUUUGUGUUAUCUGUGUGUGAGAGACAAGGGAGAGAGAGGAAGAGGACAAACAGUAUAGUGAAAGCCAAGGUUCUAUAUAUGCAUUUAAUGUUGGAAGUGCUAGUUCGAUUAGCUAAUUAAAGAAGGCUUUUGUUUCGUUUUGUUUUGUUUAACCAAAUAUUUUUUUUGCAAUAAAUAUUACAGAGAGAUGAAUGAUCAUUACUAUGGAAGGUGGUCAAGCAAGUAAAUUCAGUGGUGACUGCAGAUAAGAGCAGACAUGAAGACAUGUACAGUAGAGUCACAGAUUCUACUGUUCACAGCUAUGAAAUUGGCAUAGAUAUCGCGUACUCUCUUUCUCUUUCGCUGUCACAAAUAUAUUCAUAUUUCAGAGAGAGAGAGGUCAGUCUUUCUGAGCUUCGACUAGCACUACUAACACUUUGAUCGAGCCUCUUUUGUCAGUAGAGAGAGGAGAGGGACCACUGAUAUUUUUACU